CCCACGCUGCCGCCUGGAGCCGCGCUGCAGCCGCAGGCGGUGGGAGCGCAACGCGGGGUAUGAGCGGAGCGCUGCGGGGGGAGCGGAACGGAUCGGCCCGGCCCGGGUGAUGGCAAACCUAUCAACUCCUCCCGCCUGGACCAGAGUCAUCAACAGCUCCUUUGUUGCAGGCAGUGCUGACAACAACACCUACAGGUGUGUGUUUGAUGAGGACUUCAAGUACGUCCUGCUGCCCGUCUCCUACGGCAUCGUGUGUGUGGUGGGGCUCUUCCUCAACCUGCUGGCCCUUUAUGGCUUCAUCUUUAGGAUCAAGACCUGGAAUGCCUCCACCACAUACAUGUUCAACCUGGCCGUGUCCGACACGCUCUACGUGGUCUCCCUGCCCCUCCUGGUGUAUUACUAUGCCAUGGGGGACAACUGGCCCUUCGGAGUGGGUUUGUGCAAGAUAGUCCGCUUCUUGUUUUACACCAACCUCUACUGCAGCAUCCUCUUCCUCCUCUGCAUCAGCAUCCAUCGCUUCCUGGGCAUCUGCUACCCGCUGAAGUCCCUGCAGUGGGGACACGUCCGCUACGCCCGUAGGGUGUCUGUCAUCAUCUGGGUGGUGACCGUGGUUUGCCAACUGCCCGUUCUCUUCUUUGUCACCACCAGCACCAGACGUGGCACCAUCACCUGCCACGACACAUCCAGCAAAGACCUCUUUGGCCAGUUUGUCAUUUACAGCUCGGUGAUGAUGGUGCUUCUCUUCUGCAUCCCCUUCCUCAUCAUCAUCGUCUGCUACUGCCUCAUGGCCCGCAGGCUGUUGCAGCCCACACGGGGCAUGUCCCGGCUCUCCCGAUCCAAAAAGAAGUCGGUCAAGAUGAUAAUCAUUGUCCUUGUGGUCUUCAGCGUUUGCUUUCUUCCUUUCCACGUCACCCGUUCCUUGUAUUACUCCUUCCGGAGCUGGGAUUUGAGCUGUCAGACCCUCAAUGCUAUAAAUUUAGCCUAUAAGGUGACCCGGCCCCUGGCCAGCACCAACAGCUGCUUGGAUCCCGUACUGUAUUUCUUAGCAGGACAAAGAUUUAUGAAGCUCACAGGCAACAAAAUCCCGUGGAAGCCUCAAAAUGAGAUGGCAAUGGGGUCUGUGCCCAACGGUCCUCUGGGAACCAGCAAUGACACGGACACGACGUCCAAGGAAGUGAAAUCCUAGCUCUGCCCCACUCUGUGGCAGUGGAAGGGUUCAUCCCACAUGUGAUGGGAGGUGAGGAUGCUUCAGGGCCAGAGGCCUAUGGUGUUUGCAGUGCUUGGCUCCCAUGAGUAUUGCUGUUUGUGGCAUGCAUUUUCAGGGAGGUGACACCAUGGUGACAGGGACAGGCACCGUCCCUCUGCCUCUUUCCCUGCCUGUCCAUCAACAUGUGGCCCCUCCCCAGCAGUCAGCCUGGCUGACCUUCCAGUGUGUUUGCAAAAUCUGCUAAAAUUCACACCCUGGAUGCCUCAGACUGUUUUCUAAAGAAGAAAACGCUGCGUGCAAAAAAGCCCCAUAGAGAAAUCGGUCUGCUUUCCUCCGGGUUCCCUGGCACAUAAGGAGCGUGCGUUUGUCAGAAGUCUUUCCAUGCCUUGGCAUGGGAAAAAAGAGUUUUGAUUCAUGGGGAGUGUCAGCUGUGGUUGUGAUAAACAGGUUGAUUAAAGGUCGAGUGCAAACACUGCCUGCGGCGGGGACGGGACGCCCGCUGCUUCGCAUCCCUGGGGAAAUAAUCUUGGAAUCAUGAAGGUUUGGAAGAGCCCUCCAAGAUCCCCAAUUCCAACCCCAGCCCGCCCCACCACGGCCCUCAGUGCCCCGUGUGCCCCUUUGCUGAGCACCUCCAGGGAUGGAGACCUGCCACCUCCCUGGUGCAGCUUGAGGCCGUCGCCUCUCAUCCUAUCGCUGUUACCUGGGAGAAGAGAUUGACCCCCACCUCAUCACCACCUCCAUUCAGAGCUAAUGCUCUCCCAGCUCCAGCCCCUUUCUGAAGGAUUCCCAUCAAAAGGGGUGCUGGUGGGGGCACUCCCCAUCCCACUGGGAUGUACUGAUACUAUCAAGCUGGUCCCCGAUUUCUCCAGUGAGGUCAACAUCGCAGAGACCCACUGGUGUUUCCCAACAGCAGCAUUCGUGUCUGAAAAGCUUGUAGGAACCAGUAGCUCUCUCUGUGCUGCUGCCUUUAACAGUCGCCUCCAGCUCUGUGAAAGUGAGGGUGAGCUCUGUGUGCCUUGUUUUUAAUCAUCUUACAGGCGUCUCAUGGUGCCAGCAAAGUGGUGAAGACCAUUGCCCAUUCCAUCGGUUCAGUAUUGAUGCAUCCUAUCACUAUUCCCCAUUGUUGCUCAGAGAUGUGGUGGAUGCUCCAUCCCUGGAGACUUUCAAGGCGAAGCUGGAUCAGGCCCUGGGCAACCUGAUCUACCUGUCCAUGUCUCUGUUCAUUGCAGGGAAGUUGGACUGGAUGGCCUUUAGAGGUCCUUCCCAACUCUAAGGGUUCUAUGAUUCUAUGAUUGUCCCACUUGGAGACACUUGACAUAUCCCAUAGUGACAGGGAAAUAUAGGGAAAUACGGCAGUGCUGACUCUGCUUUUGGGAGCCAUGCCUACAAACAAGGUGCUGAGCUUAACCCCAGCCCUGUGUGGAUGUGGGCUUGCAUCCCCACCAGUUCAAAGUCAAAUGGAGGAAAGAGCCACCAAACCCUCCACCAGAAGGUCCGCAUGGCCCUUCUCUCCCAUUGCUGGGUUAAGAGCUGCAGAGCCCAGACGCUCGGUUUCCUGGCCCAGCCCUGCCACGAGGAUGCUGAUUCCUCACCCCAAAAAAUGAAAAUUGCUCCUUCUGCAGAACUGGUUGAGUCCUAUUUCAUAAAAACGGCCCGGGCUCUAUUUUAGGGUUAGACAAACACUUUUGGUCCCGGUUUAGACUGAUUCCUCAGACCUCUUAGUUUCUCCCAUCCCUCCUGCCUAUGAAGUGGCUUGGUGGGGGUAAGGACACGGAGAUAAAGAAAUAACUCGGACAUUCCUGUGGUCUCAGCUGGGUGGAAUUGUGGUCCCAUGGAGGGCUCUCGUCCUGACCCACAAUAUCACGGCCACAGAAGACAAAGGAGAGGACUGUCUCCAUGCUGAGCACCAUCAGCAAAGAAAAACAGCAUUUGUAGGGUGAGUCAUCUCAUCCAGGAGAGGAUUGUUAGGGGGGUUGGGUUAAGAGGGGCAUUGCACCUUUUUCUCCCCGUGGAGCUUCAUGGGAAAGGUUACAGUCACUGAGGUGAGACAUAAUAAUCUCAGAAUGACAGAAUGGGUUGAAAAUGACCGCAAGGAUCGUCUCAUUUCAACCCCCUGCUGUGUGCAGGGUCACCAACCACCAGACCAGGCUGCCCAGAGCCACAUCCAAGUGAAUGUGAGUGAAUCCAAGUGAAGUGCUGGGCUGCUAUGAUCCUUUCUCCGGGCCAGAUCUCAGCUGCUCACCCACCAUUGCCCCAAAGCAGUGUGAGCACCGAGCCACGUGCUCUGAGUAACUCAAUAAACCACACUGCCAGCUCUCUCCUUUUGCCCCGUUGGCACUCCCCCCCUCACCACCUCCACUGCUAUUGGGGUCCCAGAGGUUCUCCUCGACAUGGCUCAGGUGGAGAGCUGAUGGAGAGGGCCCAACUGGAACUGUACAUACAGGUUUUGUGUUCGUUUGUCAAAGCACUAACUUAUACACACACACAAAGAAGUGGGUUUCGUGAUAAUAGCUGUACAUUUUUAUUUUUGUAACAUGCAGGCUUUUCUUAGAGUGAAUAAAUGUGUUUCUACUGUGAGCGCUCUUCUGCCAUCUCCUCCAACGCGAGAAGGGGAGGGUACUGGGGUAGAGGCUGAAUGUUGUAGAUAUGUCCUGUAGAUAUGUUUUGUAGACAUGUUUUGAGCUCCAGAUGCACUCAGAUCCAGGAGGGUGAGAUCCAAGCCGUGUGCUCUGCAAUGGAUACCUCCAGCAGUGAAGCUCCAUGGAGGAGCACACGACUUUGGGUUGUAUCACAUCCAUCCCCCCAGCCCUGGCAGGCAGCUUCUCCAAGGCUGUUGAAGACCAGAAGUUCUCAGGUUCGUUUCUCCUAAACCACGUUCUUUCCCCUUCGCCCAGCUGCUCGUGGGGCCGCCAGCAGCUCGUGGUGGAGUGAAACCUCUUCUUCUCAGAAACUUCCCCUUUUCCUCGGCAGAAACCCAGGCAGGGGGUUCCCAGUGCCUAACCGCAGCCCUUGUGAGAAAAGUGCCUUUUGUUUCUCCACUGCAGUUCAUCCUCUGCUCUCUACCCAGCCCGGCGUUCGCUGUGUAUCCGUGCUCAGGAUGCAUCCAUCCCAUGGAUGAAUUUAUUGCAGGCCGCAAUCAGAUCGUAUUGAAAUCUGCCUGGCGUUAACCUGGGCAGCUCAAAUCCCUUCGCUCUCAUCCUCAUUCCAAUUUCUUCAGCCCUGAGAUUAAUUCUGCUCCUUUUCACGGUGCCUGGUCUUCAGGCAAUAUCACAGUGACAUUUGCAGCAAUGGGAUCCCAUGGAAAACGCUCAGCUUUCGGUUUUCUUUCCUUUACAAAACUUCCCAGCCCUUGCAGUUGCUGAAGCAGCAAAACUCAAAGGCGUACACCCAGAGGAAGAGCUGCAAGAAGUGCAUCAAUUACCCGGUGCAGAAUCUAUGCUCUAACAUCCUGCUUGAUUUCCAGCCCAGGUUUGAGACUCUCAGCCCAAGGCAAAAGCCACGAGGAUGGAGCACGUGCCCAGCUUUCACUUGUGGGCUCUCCUGCAUCACACCCAAGCCUUUCGUGCCCUGACUCCUCUGCAGCCAAUGCCAGCACUGACUCGUGUGAGUCACUCAAAACCCAGGAACGAAAGUUAAGCAAGAACAACGCGCGCAGACGGGGAGCACGGAGGUUGUGGAGUUAUUUCAGAGCAACAAAGAGAAACCAGAAAACCCACUUUUUCUAAGUGCCUCUUGGCGCUGGGAGCAGGAAGAGAAAGUUGAGAGUGCUGCUGGUCUCCUGCCAAGCCAACCCAUCUGCCCCACAGCAGGGGUGGAGGCACGAGCUCCUCGUCUUUCUGCACACUGUCCCAGCACCCGGGCUCUUCCUUCCCUCCGUGUCCCUUCCAGUUGGCACAGUCAGCCAUUAUCGUUACCGUAAGCCACUCGUUGCCUCCGUCCGUUUCACAAGGAGCGAGCCCUGGCUUCAUUUGCCCUCUGGUUUUCCUCUUUGAGGCUGAAUUUUCCUAAGGAUCACAGCUGUCUGUUUCCCCUCACCCCGAGUCAUUUCUGGUCCCAUUAGCCGUGUUGUUGAACUCCAGCCCCGAGCUGGAAGGGACGUAUCAUGGAAUUAUAGAAUUGCUCAGCUUGUAAAAAAGACCUUCAGGAUCAUCAAGUCACAGCCAUGAUCGCUGAGCCCAACCCCCAGCCCCACACAGCAUCCCCGAGCCCCAACCCUAUGGCUCAGAGCAGUGUCCCUGCACUCCCUGAGCAACGACCAACGAUGCCAUAACCAGUGGUGAGUGGGGAAAGGUGGUAGGUGGUGUCCCAAGGUUCAGCUGAAAUAUCUUUUUUUCCCCUUUUCUGGGAUCCAACAGUCUUUGGCUUCUCCAGAUGGGGUGGAUGGGGCAGCCCCAAAGGAGGGUCCCUCAGAAUUUGCUGCUCCUUCAAAAUGGAGUGAGAUGUUAGAGGGUUUUUGUGCUGAAGUAUCCUGCAGCUUUCAGAGCUGAAGGAAACAGUUUAAAGAAUGGAGAUGGGUGUAAGUAAAUAAAUAACAGAAUUAAUAGAAAAGAAAAUGGAAGAAAAAGAGAGGAUGUGAAAAGAAGGAAGUUUGGGGCUCAAACACAGCUCCACAGCUCCACAGCUCGAAGCCUCUACUAUGUGGUAACCUGAAGGAAAGGAAAAUAAUGUCAUUAGGUUCCACGCUCCCAUCUGAACAACUGUUUAAAAAGGAAAUUAAAUGGAAAAAAUUCCUCCCCCCUCGAUCUGUUCUCUUUUCCCUCUUCAUCUCUUGCUCUAUGCCAUCCAGUCUGGGGCUGUUGGAAUACCAAUUAAUCCAAAAAGGAAGAUUUUUCCAUUGAAAGGGAGAGGCUGGGCUCUGCAGUCAGAGGACAGCCUGCUUGCAGCCCUGAAAACGGGGCAAUAAAACCCUUUUAUUACCCUUUCCAGGUUGGGACGUGCAGGGUGGGAGCCCAUUCAGCCCCUGCAGCUGUAAUGCACGUGUGCCACUCCUCUCUUUCUGCGUCAUUUGGGUUUAAUCACUGACAUCUCCAAGCUCUUCCACCAGGCCCCGUGCAGCCAGCUGGGACCUCAGCUGGAAAUGCCAUUUUCCCCCAAAUUCAGGGAUCUAAUCUUUAUGGUUUGAGGGUAUCUCAGUGUUCCCAUUGGGUUUUGGUGGGGCUUGGAAGUAGGGCGGUGGGAUGCUACCUUUUCUCAGGGGGUUCUUUACAAUGAGUGUUGACUGCAGAGGAGUGGGAUCCAGCAGGGGGGUUCCUCCUCGUUAUCCCCUGAUUUUUUAAUACUGAAUCCAUUUUCAGCAGAGUCCUCAGCUGACACCAAUAGGAUGUGGCAGUGGGGAGCUGGGGGUCCCCAAGAAGCUGCCUUGUGGUCACCAUCCACCCCUUGCCCAUUGCCUGCCAUGAUGUCAUCCACCAUCUGGGUGGCCAUCACUGCUGUGACCUCAUCCACCUUGAGGUCCUCAGCUGCCUUGGUGUCCCCAGCUGCCUUGUGCUCAUCCUCUUCCCCAUGGUCAUCAUCUGCCUUGAUGUCACCCAUCAUCCAUCAUACAGGUGCCAUCUCCUACCACAAGGUCAUCACCUGCUGUGUGUCGUCACCUGCCUUGAUGUCACCACCUGCCUUCCAUCCAGCCAGUCCCCCAUUCUCCAGCUCCAUCCCUGCCCACUGCAUGGAGGCUCGAUGGUCCUUCAAUUUCCUUUUUCUCAUCACUGUAGGAGCAGGCAGGCUGAGAUUUAACAAUAACGGAGGCCACGGGUUGGGAGGCAUCCCUAUCACCACACUGCCAGCAGUGUCAGCUGGAGCUUCCCCAGAGCCACCCAACGCCAGAUGCAAACUGAGUCCUGAAUGCUGCAGCAGCCAAAAAUCCAUAGGAAAUUGCCAAGGAAAAUCUGAAAGCCCCACGGCAGCACCCCCUGCUGCCUCCCCAUCUGCUCUUCAUUAGAUAAACGAGUCGUGGUCUCCCACCCGGGUGGCCCUGGCUCAGGGACCCCCCUGCAGCAACUGGAGUGAUGAGUUGGGGUUGGGAUCAAGGCUGCUGCUUCCAGAAUCUGGGGCUCAGCUCCAGUUGGACCCGUAGGGAUGGUGCCCCCAGCCAGCUCUGCCCACAUCCCACAGCCCCAGCUCCAGCUUGUGAUUAAUACCUCACUGGUCUGAACCUCAUUCAGACUUUCUGGGAUAAUUUCCUAGAAAUUCAUCAUUCCUCUGCCAGCAACGCUUCCCAGAUGUUGCAACCCCAGCUCUGUGUUUGUCUGGCCCUGCAGCACAAAGAGCAGCACGUUGCUACAACCCCUUCCAAUACAGAAACUGGAACCAUUGGGUUCGGGUCUGGUGGGUCCUGUGUUGGACUCAGUGAUCCCUGUGGAUCCCUUCCACUUCCAGAUAUCCUGUCAUUCUAUAAAUCGUCGUAACAUUAGUUUGCAGUGGCUGCUCUUCUUCCUGAUGCCCGUAGGUGGAGAAAGAGAGCUUCACGCCUUUGGGUUCCCUUUACAGCAAACUCAGGAGGGUGCGUGGUGCUCUGGGCUCUGUCCCAUCGGCUGCCUGGUUUGGGUGAUGCAACCCCUGUUCAGACAAAGAUGUUGGCCUGCAUAAAAGCUCCGCACCCCCAGGGCAAGGGUGGCUCCUCCAGGAGACCAGGUAUCCUUGAGAGAGACUUGAGAUGCUGCGUGAUCCGUGACCCGAGGAUAUGCAGUGAGCACAGGAUGAGCAAACUCUGUGCAGGUCCGUGAGAGCCCAUUUUCUGCCCUGGGGGUAGCACAUCCCGUGGGGUUGAUGCCUUUCUACCUCGAUAUAGGUGGCCUCCACCAAUCCAAUGGCAGGCAUCCCCAAACGGAGCUGUUCCAGGGAGCCCAUCUCCAAGCCGUGAGGAGGAUGGCCCCAUCCAAUGCUGCUCUCUGGGUGAUGGGAUGGCCCUGUCACCACUGCUCAGGAAUAGCUCCACGCAGUCCCGGUGUUCUGCAGGCAUUCACCCACCACGACCCAACCUCCUUGGCCAUCACUGGCCAUACCCACAGCCAUCCCCAGGCCAAAAACGUCCAUAUUGAUCACUGGAGAUCACUUGAGGGGAACAGUUCAACUCCAGAGCAAUGGCAGACAUCGUUGUUUUGGGAGAUUUUCUUCUCCCAGAACGAAGCUUUGGUUUGAGAAGAGCAGGAGUAUUCCACGAUUCAAACCAAACCAAAAUAAGGAAGGGUUAAAGAACCAGACAGAAACUAUUUGCUUUGACCUCCUGUUGACCGGGAUCAUUUUUUCCUCUGAAAUUUUGGUUCAGCCACCCAGUCGAAAAAUACCUCCUGUCCCAGCCUGGCCACUCUGUGGGUUUCAGCCUGGCCCCAUUUAAUGCACAGAUUGUGGCAAGGGUGGACGCAUGCUCACUGCCAACCCUGCGUGGGGGAGGAAUCAAUCAGAGGGCUGAGAGAAGCCUGAUUUGUCGGAAUAAAAGCAAGACUUUGUUGUUUGCUUUGUUGUGCUGCCGAUACAGCAUUCACAAAAGCAGUGCUUGAGGCCAACCGUGAAAAAUAAAGCAAUCUUUGCCCAUGAAGAGCAAAUGUUUACCUUGCACUCUGCAAGCUGACUCCGGGUGAUCUCAGGUGGUUUAAUAACACUGAAAGGGGCUUUUGUGCUUCCUUGUGUGACGGAAGACGAGCUGCAGGGGUUGUCACAUCUGUGUGCCGUCCCUUGGAAUUGUCCAUCUGGUUCUUGGCCAGCACUUCUGAGGAGGAUCCUCAUUCCCCCUUGGGUCUCACCAGCUCUUUGCUGUGGACUUUGGUUCCUCCUACUCUUUACAAGUCAAUCCCCCAAAUCUAUCCUGCACCACUGGCAUUCAGUUUGCCAUCUUCAGGCUGGAUGGGGCUCUGAGCACUGAUGGAGCCGUGGGUGUUCUGUGGGCAGUGGGACCAGAUGGCCUCUAAGUCCCUUCCAACUCAAACCAUUCUAUCAUUCUAUGUUUACCUCCUUCCAUGUCUCCCCUCUUGGACACCCUGUGGACUUUCUGUUGGUUUUCAUCCUUCCAGUGACAAUUUUCACCCUGCUUUUAGUGCAGGCUGCUCUGAAGAACCAUUGCAAAAAGUGCUUCCUCGGUCCACUUCCACAUUUAAUCUUCAGGAUAGACUCCUAAAUUCAAGAAGCAUCCCCAUUGCUCUGUAUUUCCCCUUUCUGCUGUUGAUUUAUGCAGUAGGAGCCUUUUGUUUUUCCUUCACUGCAAGUGUUCUGUAGCCAACAAACUUCCUCUGCUGUAUCCGUACUGCUAACCACAGACAGAACAGAGCUUAGCCCAUGGCAGCUCAAACCCACCAGGACAACACUCAAGCACGGUCUGCCCAGUGGGUUGGACACACAGAUGUCCUCUCCAAGGAUGGAGUUCUCCAAGGUAAACGACGAUAGGACAGGAGAUGAUGGCCUCCAGUUGUGUCAGGGGAGGGUCAGGUUGGAUAUUAGAAGCAAUUUGAUCUCCAAAGAGUGUUUGGGCACUGGCACGGGCUGAUCAGAGGGGUGAGGAGUCACCAUCCCUGGGGGUGUACAGGAACCAUGGAGACGUGGCACUGAGGAACUCAGUGGGCAUGGUGGGGUGUGUUGGGGUUGGAUGUGGGGACCUUUGAGGUCUUUUCCAACCUUCAUGAUUCUUUCGUUCUAUGGUUUCAAGACCUGAGAGCUUUAAAGAAGGCACCAUCUACAGAAAGGCAUUUUCUACAGGUAAAAGCCCACAGCAUCUUGCAGCAGACCCACUUGGUGGACCAGCUCCACCACUGACUGUCCCAAGGAGAGGGGAGAAAUGAUGGUGACUCAACAGCAGAAGUUAUUGCAGAAAACGUCCUUUUUUUUUCCAGCUAUACUGUGGUCCUGAUUACCUCGAGCCAAGGGGAUCUCACCUACAUCUUUCCAGGGCAGGGCUGGGGGGGACAGCAGGAACCUGGUCAUCCUGGGGGACAUUCCCCCCAUACACAAGGUCCUGGUCAUCCUGGGGGAUGUUUUCCCCCAUACACAAGGCUCUAUGACAGCCAGUUGUCCUUCAGAUGAUGGGAAACAAAUGGGGGUUUGGAGCAGAACUGUUCUAUGGACAUCUCCAGCACGAGGCUCAGGUUUUUGCCCAGGGGAGACAAUGUGGUCACUCUGCCUGGGGAUGAUGAUGCCCCCUGGCCAUCUCCUCCAGGAACAACCCCUCAGGACAGGCAGUGACUUUCCCGACACUUAACCUCAGUCUAAUUAGUCUGAGGGGAGUGUUUGUUCUGGCUUUUGCCCUCAACAGCUGGCCAAGGGCCAGGGCAUUGACUUUGCAGCCUGUGCAUUGGAGAGACUCAGGGCAGACUUUUUGUAGCACUAUAAAUGCCGUGCCCUGACCCCAUCCAUCACCUUUUGGCUGCUCAGGUCUUGGCAGAAGCACCAUAUGCCUGGUUGCUCCAGGAGAAGGGGAAAGUGAUACUAAGGACCAGCAUCCUUGACUCCUAGAUGUCCAGCACUCACUGAGUUUUGCUUGGUGGCCUAUCUGCUCCACUAUCAUAGAAUCAUAGAAUCAUACAGUGGUUUAGGAUGGAAGGGACCCCAAGGAUCAUCAAGUUCCAACCCCCUGCCAUAAGCAGGGCCACCAAUCUUCACAUUUAAUACUAGACCUGGCUGCCCAGGGCCCCAUCCAGCCAUGCCAGGUUAUGGCCCUUUUUCCUAAGAAAGGUUGAGAUCUGUCUGAGUUGGGCACCCCGGAUAACAGAGCAGAGAGAAAUAGCAGUGUGUGCCACUACUGCAGCCUCGUGCUGGUUUUGGGCCAAGCUGGACUUUUUGACACUCUGUGUUGUGGGCUCAUGCCUCAUGCAGCACCCCAAAAACCCUUUUCUGAUGCAAAAAAGUAAUGUUAAGGGAAGCUCAGAUGCCACUGGUGCAGAGCCAGCCCUGUUCUUCUUGUGUGUAACCAUGGUGGGUAAUGGAUGGGGAUGUCACCAUCCUCCCCUAAAUAUCCCUCUCUGCCAUCAACCUUUCUCUUCAUGUUGUUCCUUCCGGCCUGAGGUUUGGAGUGCAAUCCAGAGAGAAAGCAAAAAUGGAAAUCCCCCCAGGGCACAGGGGGAAGGAGGAUGGGAAGCAGCUGGUUUCUGUGCUGUGGUGGCAACAUUGGGCUGGCUGUGGGCCAGGCAGCUGGGGGGCACGGAGACACCAAGUCCAGGGCACGGUGACCUCGUAAGCAAUGUUUUGCCAGGCUCUGCUCCUCAGAUGGGGUCUUGGUAGAUGGAGAUUGGAAAAGGGCUGGAGGGAUGUGCCUGAGGCUGUAGGGUUGCAGUCGGGUUAAGAUCCUGGCUGCCCAACCCGUCAUCUUCCUCCUUAUGGGCAAGACCACAGACUUUGGACAUGGAGGAAGACAACAAGGGCCGUGGGGUCUAUCUGGCAGGGAUAGUGGGUGGGUAACCACUGCCUUGUAGGAAUGCCCAUCCCAGGGCAUGGGGUAGAUGUAGGUUGUAUCCAGGGGGUUCUCUGAGGUCCAAGAGUCAGUGCUCCCUGCCACGGAGGGAUAAUUUGGGCUCCAGCCCCUUCCUCUUCCACUUGCUGAUGGGAACAUCCCUGAGCUCCUCAUGUUCCUCCAGCUCUGACCAGAAGCAGCGACAGGUUCCCACCCACAGAAAUUCCUCUACACGCUCAUUGGUGUCAUGGAUUUUUAGAAAAGCCUCCAUCAGGACCCUGCAAAAUCAAGUACGUACGCCUCUAAGAACGCCAGAGCCCUUAUAAAUACUCUGUUAUUCAACUGUUACCAUUUAUAUUCUCAACACAGGCUUUUCCCAGCAUUUCUUAGACAUCCCUUGUCCUCAUGUGGUCCAGAAACCUGAAACCUCAGGAACCAGCACUGCCCAGUCUGGAACUGGGAGGAGUUCACCAAAUCCAGCAGCUUCUCCCCACGCGCUCGAUGGAUGCUUGUUGGUAGAGCUGCUGAUGGAGCUCCUUGGUGGCACAGUGGGGAUUCUUUGCUCUCCUCUGAGCAUCACAUCCCAAAUGCAAACACAUGGAAAUGUCUCAUGACAUCCCCACAAGCUCCAGUGUGAGACACAGCAGCUAGCAGCCAGAGCACAUUGACACUCAGCUAAAAGAAUCCAUUCAAUCCGGCAGGGAAGAAGACUAGGAGAAGUCCUAGAAAACAUCACAAGUUCACCUUUUGGGACCUGGCUAGGAGCACAUAGCAGGGCUUUUGUGCUCCUGUUAUUAUUUCCUUGCUGCCCUCCAACCUCUCAUCCCUUUCUUGACCCCAUAGGGCACAUCCUUCACAUCCCCAGGCUUGGUCCAAAGCCCCCUUCACCCUACGUAUGGGCUGGAUAAAUCCUCCUCAGGGCAGCAGGAAAGAACAAAUAUUUGGCUCUGCAUGUGUUUCUUUUAUUAUAAUUAUUAUUUUAUUUUCACGUGCAUUAUUUCUAAGGAACCAUCACAGACCGUGGGAGGUCACUGUAAUUCAGCAGCAGACAGCUAAAAGCUCUGCAUAAUCUCAGACCUUGUCCCCACAAUAUUUAGAAAUCGCUAGGUGAUGCCCUUUGAGCUCUUUCAAAAACAAAACACAACGCCAGGAGAACGGAUAAACCACUGAUCCAAAGGGAAAGGGAUGCAGGCACAUCCAUGAGGACAACUGGACCCAGGAAGCAAAGAGCAAUGCUAAAACCAAAGUGAUGGGGUGGGGGGAAAGAAGCAUUUGCAGCCCCUUGCACCACGCAGAGGAAUAUGAGCUUGGCAUUGGGUGGUCAACACUGAUGUAUCAAGCACAGAGCAGCCCAUUCUGAACGCUUUAUGCCCAAUUCCCAACAGCUCCUACUGGACCGUGGUGCUGAUGGAUGCCUGCUCGGAUAUAGCAGUGAUUUGUAACCUCAAGGAUGCAAAGGGCAGCAGCAGAGUAAAGCAAACUAUCUGAAUGCACGUGGUUUUGGACCUUGGUGGUGCAGCCCAGGGUCGCCCAGCCCCAUUGCAAAUGGAACAUUUCCCUGCUCUGCAGCCCGAUGGCCAUCCUCCAGCACCUUAUCUCAGAGGGUUCCUGUGCCCCUCACAGCCCUUACCUCCCUCCAAACAUGCUCCUCAUGCUCAUAAACUGCGAGUACAUCCCAUCCCUACCAGCUGGUUUUGCAGGCUGGGUGAGCACAACAGCAUGAAAGGAGUAUUUGGGGCUGUAAAUUGGUUUUAUCCAUUCUUCCUCUUUUCUUUCACUUCUUUUCUUCAUUUGCCCCCUCACUCCUCCUCUCUCUUUUUUUUUUAUCAUGGAGAGUCACAUCACGGCCUCAGUCUCUCUGUCUCUGCUUAUCUGCAGUGGGACAGAGGGGCCAGAUGCCCCCCAAGGCGCUGAGCAGAGAGGCUGCAGAGGCAAAGCACAGCCUGGAGCCUGCCCAGCAGGACUGUUUGGGCUGAAGGGAGCACUGAUUAGAGC